AUGAGGACUGUGCUGCAGAGAGUCAAAUCGGCAUCCGUCACUGUAGAUGGCCAGCUCAUUUCGUCAAUUGGCAAGGGCCUGCUAGUCCUCGCCGCCAUCUCCAAAGACGACAAUGAGAAGGAUGUCGAGGCCAUGGCUGCCAAGAUACUCAAAGCCAGACUCUGGGAUGACGAGUCCAAAGAUCCUCCGGGCCGCUGGAAAUCCAACGUUUCUGAUAUACAGGGCGAGGUUUUAUGUGUCUCCCAAUUUACCCUGUUGGCAUCAAUGAAAAAAGGAAAUAAACCAGACUUUCACCAAUCCGCAAACGGUGACAAGGCCCGCACUCUGUAUCAGGCUUUCUUCAACAAAGUCAAAGCACUAUACGAACCCGAAAAGGUCAAGGAUGGUUUGUUCGCUGCUAUGAUGGAUGUCGCUCUAGUGAAUGAUGGACCGGUCACCAUCCAGAUAGAUACCAAUCCACCCAAGACAGAAGACCCAAGUGCAUCUGGCUCUAGCUCCAAUAACCCAAAAACGAAUAAGUCGCAAACUGUCGACGUCAAUGACCGCAAGUAG